ACCUAACCUUACCUGACCUUACCUUACAUAACUUUAUCGAGCCUUACCUAACCUAACCUUACCUCGCCUAACUUUACCUUACCUUACAUAACCUGACCUAAUCUAACCUUACCUUACCUUACCUUACAUAACCUUAACAAACUUUACCUAACCUAACCUAACCUUACCUUACCUUACCUAACCUAACCCCACCUAACUUAACCUUACCUUACCUAACCUCACCUCACCCCACCUUACCUUACCUCACCUCACGUCACCCCACCUUACCUAACCAAACCUCACCUUACCUCACCUUCCUUUACGUAGCCAAGUCCACCCUUACACAAUCCUGCAUUACCUAACCUUAUACCUCACCCAAGCUAGCAUGAGCACCCUCACCAUCACCUCCACCUCCUCCACCUCCUCCUCGUCGUCCUCUACCUCGGCGCUGGGAGGGGUCGGGGGCGGGGGGGAGCUGGCCACCCCCACCACCCCCCUCGGCUCCCCCACCCAGCCUAUCACCCACCACUUCCAUACCACACCUGACCACGCCGCUGUCGCCCUCCAAGCCAUGAACAAACUGCGGGCAAAUACACAGCUGUGUGACAUCGAGUUGGUGGCGGGAGCAGUGUCCGUUUUCGCGCACCGGGUUGUACUGGCGGCGGCUUCGGCUUACUUUCACGUCAUGUUCAACUGUGACUUGGUCGAAAAGAAGCAGGACCGGGUAUCGCUUCAAGACCUGGAUUCCGUGGCUCUGCAGUUGCUGGUUGAGUACUCUUACACAGGAGACAUUAUCAUUACCGAGGACAAUGUGCAGGUCCUCCUCCCCGCCUCCAGCCUCCUACAGAUGAGCAGCGUGCGGGAGGCGUGCUGCAAGUUCCUUAUGAGACAACUUCACCCCUCGAACUGUUUGGGGAUUAGAAGCUUUGCAGACACCCACAGCUGCGGCGAACUUCACACUCGCUCGCACAAGUUCGCGCUGCAGAAUUUCCCCGAAGUGUGUGGCACCGAAGAGUUCCUGCUGUUGCCCUACAAACAGGUGGAGGAGCUCAUCUCGUCCCCCCACCUGAACGUGCCGUGUGAGGAGAAGGUGUUUACGGCGGUCAUCUCCUGGGUGAAGCAUGACCUCCCCGCCAGGCAGAAACUUGUGCCGGAGCUCCUGAAACACGUCCGGCUGCCUCUCCUUUCCCGUGACUUCCUGACCUCAAAUGUGGACGCCGAGCCGCUGGUCCGUGAGAACUCAGCGUGUCACCAUCUGCUACUGGAGGCGCUCAAGUACCACCUCCUACCUGAGCAACGCGCCGUUCUCGCCUCUCCCAGGACCCUUGAGAGGCAGCCCGAUGGUGUCAAGCCCUAUGUCUUUGCGUGCGGUGGAGGGAGCUUGUUCGCCAUUCACAGCGAGGUGGAGUGCUACAACCCACGGACGGACAGGUGGAUGCCCGUCGCCUCCAUGAACUAUCGAAGAUCAAGAGCGGGGGUGACGUCACUGGGUCGGUACCUGUACGUUAUGGGAGGGUACGACGGGGCGUGUGACCUAUCCUCUGCGGAGAUGUACAACCCAGCGAUUAACAAGUGGCUUAACAUCACCGCUAUGGGCACUAAGCGCUCGUGUCUGGGGGUGGGCGCGAGUAAUGGAUUGAUAUACUGUGUUGGGGGGUAUGACGGCGCCUCGUGUCUGAGCAGCGUGGAGAGAUAUGACCCGCUGACGGGGGCGUGGACCUCCUGCCCCGCGAUGGCCACCAGGAGGCGUUAUUGUCGCGUGGCGCUGCUGGACUCCAGCAUCUACGCACUGGGCGGGUUCGAUUCCACCAACUACCAGUGCACGGUGGAGCGUUUGGACCCUCGCGUGGGGAAGUGGAUGAGUGUGCCCCCGAUGAUGAGCCGGCGGAGCAGUUGUGGAACGGCCGUGGUGGGCGGGAUGCUGUACUGCGUGGGCGGCAAUGAUGGAACGAUGUGCAUGUCUUCAGCGGAACGGUUCAACCCCAGGAGGAACACGUGGGAGCCGAUCACAGCCAUGCACUCGAGAAGGUCGACACACGAGGUGGUAGAGAUUGAGGGCCUGUUGUACGCGCUGGGCGGCAACGACGGAUCCUCCUCCCUCAACUCCAUGGAGCGGUAUGACGUGAAGCAGAACAAGUGGGUGCUCGUCACUUCCAUGCUUUCCAGAAGGUCAUCAGUGGGGGCGGCGGUGGUGGACUGUCUGCAGCUGGAGCGAGGGCUGACCAAAAGCAGCUGACAGGCGGAACGGUACCCAUCUCUCCUGUCCUAGUGAGGGGAGCCCAGGCCCUCACUAGCCCAGCCCUGCCCUUACCCAGCCCUUACCCAGACCCAGACCUGCCCUUACCUAUCACCAAAGCCCGUUACGUAAGCCUUGUUGCCCUAGAUUUGUUCUCCAAUGACUAUUCAUGAUCUAUUUUCUAUCGCUUGUUAUCUAUUGCCUAUCUCCCAUUACCCAUUACGUAAGCCCAAUUUCGCUAAGCCUAUCCAUUAUCUAAGCCUAUUACGUAAGCCCUGUUGCCGUAGAUUUGUUCUCCAAUGACUAUUCAUGAUCUAUUUUCUAUCGCUUGCUAUCUAUUACCUAUCUCCCAUUACCCAUUACGUAAGCCCAAUUUCCCUAAGCCCUGUUAUCUGUCUUGUUUUCAUUUUCCUAGUUGUUGUUUUUUUCCCUUUAUCUGCUACCCAUUAUUUUUUUCAGUUACCCAAUACCUAAGCCCAAUUUGCCUAGGCCUAUUAUCUUUCCAAUUAACAGGCUAAUCUGUUUUCCUGUUGCUAGUUGGUAUUACUGUAUUCAUCCAUUACCCAUUACCUUAACCCACUGCCUAAGUAAGCCCUAUUUCCUUGGCCAGCUUGCUUAAUUAUUGUUUUUGGUGACUCGUAUAUUUUUUCCCUGUUAUUUGUUUCCUUUUACCCAUUUCCUAUUUUCUUGUUAGUUACCCAUUACCUAAUACAUCAACCCAUCAAUUAUUUCCCCUGACUAAUUUCCUUUUCUUCUCAUCUAUUUCCCCAUUCCCCAUUUUCUUUCUUUAUUGUUCCCCAUUCCCCAUUUUCUUUCUUUACUGUUCCCCUUCCCCAUUUUCUUUACUGUUCCCCAUUCCCCAUUUUCUUUCUUUACUGUUCCCCAUUCCCAUUUUCUUUCUAGCUUGCAUCCCCUUAUCACCACCACCACCACCACAACACCAUUACAACCUCCCCCAUCAACUAACUAACCACUACCCCCCCCCAUCACCACUAACCACAGUCCCCCCCUCCCAGCACCACCACUACCCCCUCCCCCCUCCCCCCGGGCAAGUAUUUUUAAGAGUAACUCAACUAUUCUCAAUGUUCGUGAUGGUGUCAUUCAAAUUUGUGCUAAGUCAACCAGUCUACUAAGUCAAUUCAGUCUCGUGUGUGUGUGUGUGUGUGUGUGUGUGUGUGUGUGUGUGUGUGUGUGUGUGUGUGUGUGUGUGUGUGUUGAUUAAUGGUCUACCUGAGCCUCUAGUGAGUUACCUGUGUGUGCGUACCUGUGUGUGUGUGUACCUGUCUCAGUCUUGUACCUGUGACCCCGCCUUCGACCCUGUACGCCUUUGACCUUGUACUAGUCACCCCUUUAAGCUAAGCCUUUCUAGUCAUUCUCUUAAGUACACAGUCAUUCACUUGGGAUUAACUAGUCAUUCUCCUAAGUACACAAUCGUUUUCUUAAGAGUGUAUCAUAAGAGUUCCCUUAUGCAGAAUUUCCUUGGGAGUACAUCAUAACUCAGCCUUCCUUUAACUGGUCAUUCUCUUAAGUACACAAUCAUUUCCUUAAGAGUAUAUCCUAAGAGUUCCCUUAUGCAGAAUUCCCUUGGGAGUACAUUAUAAUUCAGCCUUCCUUUAAGUAGUCAUUCUCUUAAGUACACAAGCAUUUUCUUAAGAGUGUAUCCUAAGAGUUCCCUUAUGCAGAAUUCCACUUGGGAGUACAUCAUAAUUCAUCUUGGUAUAUUUAUCGGAGUUUCCUUUUUUUAUACUGAAUCGUUAUUAUUUUUAAGGUAACGUGAAUAUACUACUCACUCAUUCCUUUACCUAGUCAUUCAUUUAAGAACACAGUCAUUCCUUUACGAGUAUAUCCUAGUUGUCCUUUAAGAAGUAUGUUAUUGGUGUUCCUUUGUGUACUGAAUCGGUCUGAUAUUUUUUAAGGUAAGACGAACAAGCUAACACGUUCCUUUACCUAGUCAUUCAUUUAAAAACACAGAGUCAUUCCCUUACGAGUAUAUCCUAGUUAUCCUUUAAGAAGUAUAUUUAAUGGUGUUCCUUUGUGUACUGAAUCGGUCUGAUAUUUUUUAAGGUAAGACGAACAAGCAAACACGUUCCUUUACCUAGUCAUUCAUUUAAGAACACACAGUCAUUCCCUUACGAGUAUAUCCUAGUUACCCUUUAAGAAGUAUGUUAUUGGUGUUCCUUUGUAUACUGAAUCGGUCUAAUAUUUUUUAAGGUAAGACGAACAAGCUAACACGUUCCUUUAUCUAGUCAUUCAUUUAAGUUUACCAAAGGAAGCUGAUACACUCCUUUAAGAUAUGUAUAUUUAUCGGUAUUUACUUUUUGUACUUAAAUAUUCCGUUGUGUUUAAGGUCAGAUGAACAAGCUAACACGUUCCUUUAUCUAAUCAUUCCUCUAAGAAGGCCAAAGAAAGCUUACUCAUUCUUUUAUUGUUUUAUGUAUAUGUUAACCAAAGGAAAUUUAGUCAUAUAUUUUAAGAUACGAGAAAAUAAUCUGUUGUUUUAUAUAUUUUUGCUUUGAAGAAAACACAAAGAAACAAAAGUUGAAAAAAACACCAGACAUGAUUAAAACGAACAAAUAAACAUGAUCACAAACGUCA